AUGGCGGUGCCGGUCGUUGAUCUGGCGGCGGUGACGGGGCCAGCGGCACGUGACCUGCCGCUGGCUGAAUUGGAUUCGGAGGCAGUGCGUGAGGUGGCCGAGGCGCUGGGACGGGCUUGUCGACAUGUAGGAUUCUUUUAUGUGCGCAAUCAUGGCGUGUCCGAGGCCUUGCUCUCAGAGUUGCAGGCCAUGAGUCGCGACUUUUUUGCUCAACCCCUCGCGGACAAGAUGCGGCUGGAUAUGCGUCAGGGUGGACGUGCAUGGCGGGGUUACUUCCCGGUGGGUGACGAACUGACUUCAGGCAAGCCAGACAUCAAGGAGGGUCUGUACUUUGGGGCGGAGCUGUCAGAGACCCAUCCGGCCGUGGUAGCUGGUCGCCCCAUUCAUGGUCGCAACCAGUUUGCUGAUGAGCGCAUGCGCCGCGUUGUGCUGGAAUAUCUGGAGGCCAUGCUGGCCCUAGGUCAGCGCAUCAUGGCGCUGCUGGCGUUGAGUCUGGGCCUCGAGGCCGAUUUCUUUCAGCGAUCCUACACGCGCGAACCCACCCCGCUCUUCCGCAUCUUCAACUACCCACGGCCGGAGAGCUUCAACUACGAUGGCGAUCGCGAAGCCCUUUGGGGAGUUGGCGAGCACACCGAUUACGGCCUGCUGACCAUUCUGCUGCAGGAUGAGUGCGGAGGGCUGCAGGUCAAGACUCGCACCGGCUGGCAGGCGGCCCCGCCCCUGCCCGGUACCUUUGUGUGUAACAUAGGCGACAUGCUCGAACGUAUCACGGGCGGCUACUUUUGCUCGACCCCGCAUCGCGUUCGCAACGCCGCUGGCCGAGAUCGCCUCUCCUUCCCCUUUUUCUUCGACCCCAGCUGGGAAGCCGAGAUUCGACCCUUGCCCAAUGUGCGCCUGCUUGCCGAAGAGGCUGCUCGAACACAGGAAUCGGACGAGCCAGAUGCUAGGGCCCAACGAUGGGAUCAGGCAAACGUCGUCCAAGACGAAAUUGGCGCCUAUGGUGAUUAUCUCACACGCAAGGUAUCAAAGUGCUUCCCCGACCUCUUCGCCUCUGUGCAGUCCCGCCCCGUGGCCACAACCCCCUGA